CUCCUGAGUUCUGGGAUUAAAGGUGUGUGCUUGGGUGAUUUUGUUGUUUUUAAUAUUCUUCAUCUCCACUACAUGCCCAAACUGGCCUGAUGGUUGUACACAUGCACAAGGGGCCUUAGGAACCAUAUGUGCUCAGUUUAAAAGUAUGCAGAAAUUGAGCAGUGUCACGAGACCGCAUGGGUGUGUAUGUGUGUGUAUUUGUGUAUCUAGCUUUCUACAGUUUUCAAAAUGCUUCGCAACCCAGUUGAGCCUCACCGUGUUCUCUGUGCGGGAAAACUGCGAUAUGCCAACAACAGCAAUUACAAGAAUGAUGUCAUGAUCAGAAAGGAGGCUUAUGUACAUAAAAGUGUGAUGGAGGAAUUGAAGAGAAUCAUUGAUGACAGUGAAAUCACCAAGGAAGAUGAUGCUCUGUGGCCCCCUCCUGACCGAGUAGGCCGGCAGGAGCUUGAAAUUGUCAUUGGCGAUGAACACAUUUCUUUUACAACAUCAAAAAUUGGUUCCCUUAUUGAUGUCAACCAGUCUAAGGAUCCAGAAGGCUUACGAGUGUUUUAUUAUCUUGUACAGGACCUGAAGUGUUUAGUCUUCAGCCUUAUUGGAUUACAUUUCAAGAUUAAACCAAUCUAGAUUGGAUAUUGUGGACAUGAGGGGGUGGGAAUUUUUAGUUACCAUAAUUAGGAAUUUUUUUCUGUAUAUGGGGGCAAUUUUUAUAAACAAUAAAUGAUGGUCUUUAAUAAAUGUGAUAACAUCUACUUUUUGUUACUUUUCUGAA